AUGUUACAAUUCUAUUUUUACAUUUUAUUUAUAAUUUGUUUAGAGGCAAAUAGAAAUAGUUCAUCCACAGAUAGCUACAUCAAUGUUGAGACACAACGAUCAACUAUUAUUGAUGGAUUAGAAGAGAAUGUAGUAAGCAUAAAAUCAUGUUUUAAUAGAUUUUGUGCGUCACCAACCAAGUUGGAUAUGCUUUUUGGUGUUAUUAUGAUAUUUUGUAUGUUUUUUCUUAUGUUAAAAUAUUACAUAAGUUUUUAUUAUACAAACAAAACUGAAGAUGAUAAUGAUGCAACAGAUGAUCAAGUAUCUUUUAAUAAAUAA